GAAAAUUAAAACUACUACUGAAUUUGCUUGUUUUGUUUGAAACUUGUAAAACAUAACCUACUGCUCCUACUAGUUACGGUAUUAAAUUUAAGACCCCACCUGUAUUUUUUUAUAAAAUGAGUAACAAGAUUACUAGCGAUUCAGAUGAAGAGAAGAAACCAGUUUUAAUAAAGAACGCUACAGACUUACAACGGCUUAAGCUUGAAAAAUUGAUGAAAAACCCUGAUAAACCAGUUGUUAUACCAGAUCCUCCUAAAUCGAAGAAUUUACCACCGCCUCCCGACUUCGUACGAAAUGUAAUGGGUUCGAGUGCUGGUGCUGGUUCUGGAGAGUUCCAUGUUUACAGACAUUUAAGGCGAAAAGAAUAUGCUAGACAGAGAUUCAUUCAAGAAAAGAGCGAAAAGGAAAAACUGGACGAGGAGUAUCACAAAAAAAUAGAAGAUAACAGAAGAGCAGCAGAAGAACGCACUGCUAAGAAACGGGCAAAGAGAUUGAAGAAAAAGCGAAAUGCAAAAAUUAAAGAGAAAAGAAACAAAACAGAAAACAAGGAAGCUGCUUCAUCACAAUCUGAUGUAAGCAGUGACAAUGACAAUGAAAGUAAUGGAAACAUCCAGGAUUGUGAUGGAACUGAUAAGCAGAAGAAUGAGGAUAUAGGUUCAUCAAAAUUUGAACAUAAUAGUAGAAAUAAGUCUGAGAACAUUGAACAAAAAAGCAGUGAGGAUAUUUAACUUUUACUUUGGAAUAGACAAAAUAUCAAGAUUAAUCUAGGUGAUGUAAAUAGUUAUGCAAGAUGAAAUUAUAAAUAAAUACAAAAUUCCUUUAGACAUGUUUUAUUAAAGACUGAUAUGGAAUAAUUCAUACAAAUAAUAUAUGCAAUAAAAAAUAAAAAGUGAACUGACACAUCUAAGAAUUAUUUUAGGAAUUUCAUUUUUUAUCUGAGUAAUAUAAAAAUAACAUUUAGAUUCCAUCAGAUAACCAUUUCAUGAAAUAAAAUUUAUUUUUAUAUAUGAAAUAAAACAAAAUACAGUUAUAUUUUUUAAGAUAGUUCGUUAUGCACUAUACUUAAAAUAUUUAAAAUGGUGCAAUAUAACCAUCAUAACUAAGUUCGUUUACAAAAAAGUAUGGAGGCAUUACUGGGGAUGCAAUUGUAUAGGUAUCAUGAUUAUAAGCCAUUCGGCCCCAAGUAGAUUCUCUGUCUUCACGGAUCUUUCUUUGUUUACACCAAGGUAUAAUUGUGAACCUGAAUGUAGUAAUUUGAAAUUAAUAUCGAAAAUAAAAUUCAUACUAAAUUGUUGGAAACAACACUGAGCUCAA